AUGAGACUAGUUACGUUGGAUAGAGACUUUAUUAAAGUGUGGGAUGUGAGAACUAAAGAUCUUUUAGUAGAAGUUGAGAAUGCGAUUGGGGCAAAAUUUUGUCGGUUUAGUAAGUGUAACUCAUACAUUCUUGCUGGUAAUUCGAAACCAUAUUUCAGUAUUAAGUGUGCUUUAUUUCAUUCUAAAACGUUGGAUAUGUUAAAAGCUGGCGACAUAUGUGGUGACACUUGUUUGACGUAUAAAGAUAAUUAUCAAAUGAUUUCACCUUCUUUUAACGAUAGCUUCAAUGCAAGCAUUAGGAUUGAGCAUAUCCACUUUCCAACUGCUGAAACACUACUAGUUGCAAAUAGAUGCUGUUCAAAGCCUUUCGAGUGGAAAAGUAGGAAGUGUGUUAUAUUCUCAAAAUCUUCUCAAAGUGCUUCGCCUUUAGUAGUGUACGACUUUAUAAACGAAGAAAUCAUAGACGUGUUUCAUAUCAAUUGUUUUCCCAGUCAUUGUAAAAUUAUUUACAUAUCAAAUUUGGAUGAGACACAUUUUCUUAUUUGCUUAAAUUAUUGUCACAUUUUUCUUCUGUCGUUUGAAACUUCUGCAGAGUCUCCGAGAGUUUCUUUUGUCAACAAUGCCGAUGUUAAAUGCUGUGCAUUAUCUCCAGACAAUUUGUAUUUCGCGUGCUGUUACAAUAAUAGUGUUUUGACAGUCAGAAGUGUUGAUACUGGAGAAACAUUGCAAACUGUUGUACUGAAACAACCACCAGCUGCUUGCUGGUGGUCAGAGUUGUAUCUUUGGGUGGUUUGUAAAAGUGUAGUCGUAAAAUAUCCUUAUGAUUCAACACAAAGAAAAGUCUUGGGAAACGAGCUUGAGGAAUGCACUAUAAAUUUUGAUGUGGUCCUUAAAUUUGCAAAAGAUGCACUGGUCAUUCGUUAUGCUUGGGAAAUCUCCAUUUUAAGAUUUUGUAACGAAAAGCUUUGUCCUCAACAAAUAUCUGAUUCGGAAUCUUUUCUGCAUUCUGCUACAACUGCUAUAAUAAGUUCAGAUGGGUGUGCUGUUUUGUUGUAUGACGAGCACAAUUCAGAUUAUCAAUUGUGGGAGAUAGCAUGUAAGAAUAGGUGGGAAUUGCAUUCAGCUGGAAGGUUCGAUGGUCGUCGCGUACGGUGGCUGUUCUUAACUGGGACAAAGAACUCUCGAAGUUCCGUGUGGUUAUACUUAGGCGAAGAUGAUAUUGAUAGUGCUUUUCAUUUAUCUUCCGUUGACUUCUCAAAUAGUGUGCACCGUAGUACGCAUAAACGCACUUUGUCUGUAGUCUGUCUCACAAGAGUUAUUUAUGGAGACUCCAAAUAUCUUAUUAUUGUUGAUGACAGUGACUGGAUACAUUUUGUUAAGGUGGCAGAUGGUAAAAUCACUACUUCCUUAUAUUUAGGCGAGUUAGCUAGUUUGCGGUGGAAUGUAUCUUCAUUCUACAUCACCUCCCGAAGCUUACUCCUUUUGGUUGGGAAAACCGACAUCAAUAUUUUUAAAAUUCACAAUAUUGAGAAUUAUUCACUUUAG